AUGGGUCCGCUGCCUCCUACUUCGCCAAUACAGCAGCCACCGCACAGUGCUGGCCUCUCAUACAAAGGCCUGCGCGCGGCGAUCGACCCGCAGUCCAUUCCCUCGCCCAUCGACGCAAUUGAGAUCGACCGCGAGCAAUGGGACGACCAGCCAUUCGGAACACUUCCUGGAGGACAUGUGCCUCUAUCCACGACCGACUAUGUCGCCAUUGACCAAGGCAACUCGUCCCCCAGGUUUGUCCGCGUAUCGACAUGGAAUCUACCCAGCACCUCCCGCCUCGCCUCGGAAUGUGAGGUACCGCUGGUCGCAAUAAUUCACCCGCUUGCAGACCAGGAUCCGAGGGAAGAGCCCAUCCCUCUUGUUGACACCGGCGACGUCGGGCCUGCGCGGUGUGCAAAGUGUCGAGGGUACAUCAACCCGUGGUGCAAAUGGGUAGCUGGAGGGAUGCGGUGGAGGUGUAAUCUGUGCUCGCAUGAAACCGAAGUCGCGUCGGAGUACUUCUGCAACCUCGACGCGAACAUGACACGACUGGAUCAUCUACAGAGACCAGAACUGAACAAGGGCACAGUUGACUUCGCGGUGCCGAAAGACUACUGGGUUCCUCAGUCAGAACCACGAAUAGAGGCGCUGUACCAGCCGGUAGUCCCCACGUCAACGUCCGAGAAGAGACCACCAGAGCCGAUGCACUACGUCUUCGCAUUCGAUGUCUCGCAAGACGCCAUGACCUCCGGCUUCACGCGAAGUGCGUCGUUGCAGGUGUUGGACCUACUCUACGGAUAUGAUGCGGAAGACGGGACGCGUGUCGACCCCUGCUUCCCCUCCCAGAGCAAAGUCUGCAUCCUCUCGUACGACCGUUCGGUACAUUUCUACGACCUCUCACCACGCGGAGCCGACAAUCCUUGCAUGCUAGUGCUGCCGGACUUGGACGACAUUUUUGUGCCCAUUCGAGAUGGCCUUUUCGCCGACAUUCAAGACUCACAACGAGUCAUCACGAACCUGCUCACCACGCUAGGUGACACGAGUAACCGCUUCCUCGAAACCGAAGCCGCGCUGGGGUCCGCGUUAGCUGCAUGCUUAGCCGCACUCGCUGGAAAGGGUGGCCAAGUGAUCGUCUUCCCUGGUGUCAUCCCUACGAUCGGCCUUGGAGCGCUGACGACGCCAGAGGACAUGUCCGUCCUGAUCGGCACGGAAAAAGAGAAGACGAUCUUCACGCCGCGGCACGAGGAUUGGCAGGAACUGGGCGAGCAGUGUGCGGAGGAAGGCAUCGGCGUGAACAUAUUCUUUGCGAACAGCCGGCCUGUCGACCUCGCAUCGAUCUCGGUGGUCUCCUCGGUUACCGGCGGUCAGCUCUACUUCCACCCCCGGUUUGAUCCUGUACGCGACGGGUUGGUCCUCCACUCCGAGCUCAGACGAUUGUUACUGCGGACGACCGGGUACUCGUGUCUCAUGAAGGUCCGCUGCUCACAAGGUCUGCGCAUCGCACAGCACUACGGCAACUUCUACGAGCCCCCCACGUCAGAUCUAACCUUCGGCACGCUCGACGCGGACAAGGCUAUCUCGGUCGUCCUGGAGCAUACCAGAUCCCUUGCCGAAGGAGAGUUCGCGUUCCUUCAGAGUGCGGUCUUGUACACGACUGUCACUGGCGAGCGCCGCGUGCGGGUGUGCAAUCUUGGUAUCCAGGUCGCUGGCAUGGCCGGGAACGUGUUCAGGUUCGCGGACAUGGACGCCGUGGUGUGCCAUUUGGUGAGGGAAGGCAUACAUAAAAUGCGUUCUCAGAAGAUCGCGAAGAUUCAAGAGUACCUGACCGACAAGUGCGCAGCCAUCUUGCUGGCGUACCGCAAGUACUGUGCGGCGUCUGCACCCGCCUCCCAGCUUAUCAUCCCUGAAGCCUUCCGAGCGCUGCCUCUGUACAUCUUGGCGAUUAUGAAGUCAAGACCACUCAAAGCUCAGAAUGUGGUGACCGACGUGCGGGUGUACCAUGCGCACAAGAUCAUGGCGAUGGGCGCUCGAGCAACGAUGCAACAUCUGCACCCCCGCCUCAUGGCUUUGCACGACCUCACUAUGCGAGCCGCGAUGCCGGACCCGCAGACAGGUCUGAUUCGGUUGCCGGGGCUCAUGCGAGACAGUUACAUCUUCAUGGAAUCGUACGGCAUCUAUCUCAUAGACAACGAGGAGCUUUUGGUGCUCUGGAUAGGCUCAGAUGCAUCUCCGCAGUUGUUGAAGGACCUGUUGGAUGUUGACGACUUCUUGCAUACGGACCCGAACAUGAUUCAACUCCCGGUACUCCCAACACGGCUGUCAGAGCAAGUGCACAACAUUAUUGCUUACCGGCACGCACAGAGGGGGUGGACGCCCAAGCUAUCCAUCGCGCGGCAGAACAUGGACGGUGCGGAGCUCGAGUUCGCGGACAUGCUAGUGGAGGACAGGAAUAACGCGGCGAUGUCGUAUCUUGACUAUCUAUGCCUGGUACACAAGCAGAUUAACACGGUGCUCACCGGGGGCACUUCGUUCAAUAACAAUCGCAGUAGCUUCAAGUCGGCACCGUGGUAG